AUGACGGGCCCGAUCCAUACUUACGGCCCGACAUGUCUUCUGGCAAAUGACGAUCCUGAUCCUUCUUCCUGGCAUUCGUUAAACGAGCCACCGAAAGUUCGCCCUCAGUUUUUCUACGUCUCCUCAUUACCUAUUGAUGAUCCAUUGACCGCUUUACCUCCGCCAUCCAGCAACCAAGGGCCUGGUAAUGAAAGAGCUCCACCUCAACCAUUCUCGGUCAAAGAUAAUGUCGCACUCGAGGAGUCCUGGUUAGCUUUGUUACGCACUACGAAGUCUGAACUAGCGGCGAGAAAACAUUCGCGUGCGGACUCUUCAUCCGUCCGAAACGGGGGAAUCGCGGUACCUGGGAAGGAGUUCCUAUUUGACACAAGUUGCAAGAGGCAAUCGGGAAGCCAUGGAGAUAAGAGCUGGACUGGGAGUCACAAAAGUUACCCGAGUGGUCCUGGCAGCGUUCUAGGCGAUGAGACAUGUCGCAGCCCAGAGGCAAGCGUCAAGGAUUCCGGAGACAAAUCUCGUUCAGGUCGCGGCAUGGGUGAAAGCGAUAGAUCGGGCAUUCUUAGCUAUCGCAAGAGAGAGUCAUCCCCGAGAGGUAAUGGCAAGUCCACCAGACGCAGGACUGUUGGAUCUCAGCAGAGCGAAGGUGCAGCUUCUGAGAGUGUAGAAAGCACAAGCUGGCGUGGCUUCCCCUCUCGUGGCGGCACCAUCAGUGGCUCGCCAUUUGCAAGGGCCCCUCUAAGCCAAUCUGAAAGCGUAUUUGGGCGCUCACUCGAGUCCACUUCUUCAAAAGAUGGAGAUCAAGUGCAUCGAGCUGACCACCAAGCCACUACAUCUAGCCAUGCCACACAGAAGCCGUCGGGCUUGAGGACAAGUGUAUAUCAAGGACACACUUCAGAUGGCUCUGACAAUUCUAGUGAUAACCAGGAAGUUCAGUUGAAGAUUCCUGUAGGUGUAUCGCGGCUCCAUCUAGUUGAAUUACCUAAUUUGAAGAUGAAACCUAUAUACUGGAGUCCUCUACAUGAUAUCUCAAGCGUGCUUCGUGCGACAUGGUUCUACAAGAAUACCAUGCUGCCUGUGGAAACGGAGCUUGCCAAUAAACUCGAAGAUGGCUACGUAUAUCUGAAACCCUGGUCCGAGACAUGGCAAGAUGAGCUCAAUAGCUGCGUGGAGAACGGUGCAGACGCCGAAAUGAAAAUUGUACACAGGUUAUGGCCGAAAGAUGAUACGAAGCGUCUCAGUUCAGUCACUCUAAUGCGUGAUCAAGAAACUCCAAGUCCUGUUCUGGGCGGACCUGAGAGACUUGCAACCCCUAGUCCGGCUAUCGCCUCUCUUGAUGAGAGCCACGCUGCUGGUGGACCAGCUGCACAUUCAGAAGCUGUGAAGCAAUACAUCAACUCUAGUGUGAUUUAUGUUGAUGGCAGAGAUGCGCAGAUUCUGCGACCCAGCUUAUUACCGUCGGUAUCAAGAGGAAGAAGACCACUGAGUGCAAUUCGUAAAGGGCGGCAAAUUGGCAUACCGGUUAUUCGUGGCUUCAAUCGACGAUUAUGGGACCAGCUACAUCCAUCCAAGCCUAAUCCGGUUGAUGUCAGGAACUACCUCCGAAGUACUCAGUCCCGCACUGUGUCCACAGCGAGUGGUGGCAGACAGAUUUGCUAUGCUUGUGCCAUAGAAGAGAUGCGUCCCGCACCGACUGAUCUAGUACUUGUCAUCCAUGGCAUAGGUCAGAAACUGUCGGAACGUAUGGAGAGCUUCCAUUUCACACAUGCUAUUAACGCCUUUCGCAGGAACAUAAAUAUGGAAUUGAACAGUGAGCCGGUGUGGCCACAUGUACGCCAGGGUCAUGGAGGUAUCAUGAUCCUUCCUGUCAAUUGGCGGUCGACUUUGUCCUUAGAGGACGCCAAUUUCGACUCCCAGGGCGUCGAGGAUCCAAUCAGCAACAAGUUCACCCUACAUGACAUCACCCCGGAAACGAUACCUGCCGUUAGGUCUUUGAUAAGUGAUGUCAUGUUAGAUAUUCCUUAUUACAUGUCGCAUCAUAAGCCGAAAAUGAUCCAGGCAGUUGUCAAAGAAGCCAACCGUAUCUUUCGGUUAUGGUGUAAGAACAACCCUGGUUUUCAACAGAAUGGCCGCGUGCAUUUACUUGCCCACUCCCUCGGAAGUGCAAUGGCAUUAGAUAUACUCAGCCAUCAGCCCACACAUGUACCCGAUAUUGAUUUCUCCAAGACCAGUAUUCCUGGAGACAUCUUCGAGUUUGACACGAAGGAUUUGUUCAUUUGUGGAAGUCCAGCUGGAUUCUUCUUACUGCUCAACAAAGCGAAUCUUCUGCCGCGGCGCGGAAGGGAGAAGCCUGGCUGUGAAGGUGAUGAUCUAGUGCGUGGUGUGGCAGGAGAAGAAGGCACAUAUGGAUGUUUGGCUGUGGAUAACCUCUACAACAUUAUGCACACGACUGACCCAGUCGCAUACCGUGUUAAUGCCGCCGUCGACAGCGACCUAGCCAACUCACUUAAAGUAACUUCUAUCCCCAGCACAUCAGCAUCAUUCUGGAAGUCAUUCGGUAGCGUUUUUCGCUGGAGUUCAGCUCCAUCUAUGAUGGCCGCCGCUAAUGUAGCACCAUCUCGUCCUGCCGUCAUUUCGAAACUACCCUCUAAUGUCGAGCUUGAAACCCACGAUUUCACCCGCGAAGAGAUCGCAGAAAAGCGUAUGUUCCUUCUCAAUGACAAUGGCCAAAUAGACUACUACCUUUCCGGUGGUGGCGGACCCUUAAACAUCCAGUACUUGAAUAUGUUGAGUGCGCAUAGCAGCUACUGGACCCUCUCAGAUUUCGUGCGAUUCCUUGUAAUAGAGAUCGCUCGCAAGCAAGGUAAAGAUCAUACCAUUCCUGCGUUCCGGGCUGAGAAGAAGAAGAACUGGAAAGUCCACAAGGGUUGA